AUGGGUUCCAAGUCCGGCAUCGCUCUGAAGCUCCUCCAAUGGUUUAUCCGUGGCGUACAGUUCUGCUGCGCGGCUGUGGUCCUCGCCCUCUUCAGCUACUUUCUGGCCACGCUGCACAACCAUGAACUCAGCAUCCCAACGUGGAUCCGUGCAGUUGAAGGUAUCUCUGGCGUGGCGGUCGUAUACACCCUUACCGGUCUCCUCCUGCUGUGCUGUUUGGCCGGCCAUCCAUUUACUUCGUUUGUGGCCAUAGUCCUCGACAUCGCCUUCGCCGGUGCUUUCAUCUACGUCGCCAUUGCCAACAAGGGAGGUGCUGGCUCUUGCAAGGGCACUGUCACUACUCCUUUUGGAACCGGUGAUGCGAAUGAAGCGCCCACGGGAUCAGAUGGCUUCACACAGCUGCCGAGCUAUAGACAAGCUUGCCAGCUAGAGACCGCCUGCUUUGCCGUUUCUCUCAUCGCAAUUUUUUUCUUCUUCUUCUCCAUCCUCGUAGAAAUCGUACUAGUCCGCCACCGCCGCAAGGAAGCAAGAUUCGGCCCCAGUCCUGCCAACAACUACACGUCUGGCUAUGGCGGCCGCAAAGGCAAGUUUCUAGGCCUAUUUAAGCGUCGUGGUACAACAGCCACCGAGAACCCUAACGCCCUGCCGUUGCACACCACCCCCGACCAAGUCCGCCCCAGCUACGGCACCGAGACGACGGCUGUGGGUCCUGAGCCCACCACGUACAACAAGUACGGAGAUACUGGUUUCCAGCAU